AUGGUUACUGCAGAUAAAUAUUUCUCUAUCAGCAUUAGUCCUCCUGCCGGGGAGCCAGCAGACUCAUUUUUCCUGGGCUCCGGCAGCGACAUUUGCAAUUCUAGCCGCUUGGGGCCUAACAGGCAUUUCCCUCGGCUUUCUUCACAAGCGAUAUUUUCUAGAGAACCCUCAGCGGACGAUACUGUAUCCGCUGCAAGUGUGGUUACCGUUUGUGAUGGUGCUGCAGCCGUCGCUUGCGGAUGCGAUAUUGCUUCUGCCGCUAGCCACAACAGCCGCCAUGAUUUUCAUGGCAGCACAGAGAAGAAAUCCAGAUCUCGACGAUUUGGGGCUUCCCAUUCCAGUUCCUGGGCCGCGACGGCUCCGGAUGCGCCGAGCGCUUUUGCUGCCAGCAGCGCAAAAUCGCUGACAAGAGCCCAAGCAAUUCCAAAUCUUCCUUAUAAGACCCCCGAGGAAGAAGCACAAGAAAAGCAAUAUCGCGAGUGUGAUGCCUACGCCGAGAUGGCAUUGCAAAAGACGAAGCGAGGCCAAGAAGCGCCUCUUUUUGUCCAGGAGCUCUUAGCCGCCGAAGUCAAAGGCAUAUAUGCUGGACUUGUUAUGGUCGAAACUAAAUGUAUCGAGGUUGACAACGCUCAGUCCCUACUAAAUGAACUUGAGGGCACCGACUUUGAUGAUGCACCCAUCCCUCAGAACUGGCUGAGAUUUGCGCUGAACAACAGCAUCGACCUGCCAGCACUAAUAGCUCUUCAUAGUACUCUGCUUCAUGAGCACCACGACUUUUUUCUAGCAAGCCAGCAUCCUGCAGCAAGCCCCGCACUAUGGCGCCUGGCAUCGAAAUAUGCUAUGCCUGCGCGAAUGUGGCGGCAUGGCAUUCACUGCUUUCUUGAACUACUUCGCCAUCGCCUACCUGACUUGAUGGAGCACAUGCUUACGUUCAUCUACCUUGCAUAUACUAUGAUGGCACUGUUGUAUGAGACUGUCCCUGCCUUUGCAGAUACUUGGAUAUAG